CCGCUGCCCGCGGCCUUGCAGGGCAGGAUGAAUGUGAUAGACCACGUGCGGGACAUGGCGGCCGCGGGGCUGCACUCGAACGUGCGGCUCCUCAGCAGCUUGUUACUUACAAUGAGUAAUAACAACCCGUGAGUUGAGGCGGGGAGCGGCCUGGGGCUGAGGAGAAAGCGGCGGCGGUCUGGGAGCGCGGGCUGAGGGCGCGUGGGAACAGGCGGGAAGGAGCGGCCGCCGGCGCCAGCGGAGGCUCGGGGGUCAGCGAAGGGCCUCGUGGAGCGGAGCGGACUUCGGAGCGCAAGUUGAGUUCAUUGGGUGCCGGCGUUUGUGCAGGGCCCCGGCGUCAGCUCUCCGCGGGGAUGUUGGCGAGCGGCGGCUUUGAGAAAUGGAGGGCGGAGGCUCUGAGGACGACCCUGGCGAGGGUUUCCCGAGGCACCUGUCGCGGGGCAGCGCGACUGUCAAAUCGCUAGGCUGAAUCCUCCCUUCUUGGCUCCUUCCCGAAGAACUUUUUUUCUCGUUGCAACUCAGGGACCCAGCCUCCUGGUUUUGAUGUCCUGGCCCCGCGUCUGAUAUUGGUACCCCCCGUUAAGUGUGUCAGGAGGAUCUACUUUCUCGCCCUGGGAAACCCCUGAAAACGGGGCCUGGUGCGGUGGCUCACGCCUCUAAUCCCAGUACUUUAGGAGGCCGAGGCGAGAGGAUCGCUUGAGCCCAGGAGUUCAAGACCAGCCUGGGCAGCAUAGGGAGACCCUGCCUCUACGAAAAACAAAAAUUAAACAAUUAGCCGGUGUGGUGCGCGUCUGCGGUCCCAGCCAUUCGGGAGUCUGAGGCAGGAGGAGCGCUAGAGCCCAGUGAGUUAUUCUCCCCAUCUCAGAAGUACCAGCUUUUGGUGUAUCAUGCAGAUUCUCUCUUUCAUGAUAAGGAAUAUCGGAAUGCUGUGAGUAAGUAUACCAUGGCUUUACAGCAGAAAAAAGCCCUAAGUAAAACUUCAAAAGUGAGACCUUCAACUGGAAAUUCUGCAUCUACUCCACAGAGUCAGUGUCUUCCAUCUGAAAUUGAAGUGAAAUACAAAAUGGCAGAAUGCUAUACAAUGCUAAAACAAGAUAAAGAUGCCAUUGCUAUACUUGAUGGGAUCCCUUCAAGACAAAGAACUCCCAAAAUAAACAUGAUGCUGGCAAACCUGUACAAGAAGGCUGGUCAGGAGCGCCCUUCAGUCACCAGCUAUAAGGAGGUGCUGAGGCAGUGCCCGUUAGCCCUUGAUGCCAUUCUAGGCUUGCUGUCCCUUUCUGUAAAAGGGGCAGAGGUGGCAUCCAUGACAAUGAAUGUGAUCCAAACCGUGCCUAACUUGGACUGGCUCUCUGUGUGGAUAAAAGCAUACGCUUUUGUGCAUACCGGUGACAACUCAAGAGCAAUCAAUACCAUCUGUUCACUAGAGAAAAAAUCCUUAUUGCGAGAUAACGUGGACCUACUGGGAAGCUUAGCAGAUCUGUACUUCAGAGCUGGAGACAAUAAAAACUCUGUCCUCAAGUUUGAACAGGCACAGAUGUUGGAUCCUUAUCUGAUAAAAGGAAUGGAUGUAUAUGGCUACCUCCUGGCACGAGAAGGGCGGCUAGAGGAUGUGGAAAACCUUGGAUGCCGCCUUUUCAAUAUCUCUGAUCAGCAUGCAGAACCGUGGGUGGUCUCUGGUUGUCACAGCUUCUAUAGCAAACGCUACUCUCGGGCCCUCUAUUUAGGAGCCAAGGCCAUUCAGCUGAACAGUAAUAGUGUUCAAGCUUUGCUACUUAAGGGAGCAGCACUUAGGAACAUGGGCAGAGUCCAAGAAGCAAUAAUCCAUUUUCGGGAGGCCAUACGGCUCGCACCUUGUCGCUUAGAUUGUUAUGAAGGUCUCAUAGAAUGUUACUUAGCCUCCAACAGUAUCCGAGAAGCAAUGGUAAUGGCUAACAACGUUUACAAAACUCUGGGAGCAAAUGCACAGACGCUUACCCUUUUAGCCACUGUUUGUCUUGAAGACCCAGUGACACAGGAGAAAGCCAAAACGUUAUUAGAUAAAGCCCUGACCCAAAGGCCAGAUUACAUUAAGGCUGUGGUGAAAAAAGCAGAAUUACUUAGUAGAGAACAGAAAUACGAAGAUGGAAUUGCUUUGCUGAGGAACGCACUGGCUAAUCAGAGCGACUGUGUCCUGCAUCGGAUCCUAGGAGAUUUCCUUGUAGCUGUCAAUGAGUAUCAGGAGGCAAUGGACCAGUAUAGUAUAGCACUAAGUUUGGACCCCAAUGACCAGAAGUCUCUAGAGGGGAUGCAGAAGAUGGAGAAGGAGGAGAGUCCCACGGAUGCCACUCAGGAGGAGGAUGUGGACGACAUGGAAGGGAGUGGGGAAGAAGGGGACCUGGAGGGCAGCGACAGUGAGGCGGCCCAGUGGGCUGACCAGGAGCAGUGGUUCGGCAUGCAGUGAGGGGGCGGCAGCUCCAUGGCCGCACUGGCCUGCCCUGCUCUGAGCACUUCCGUGGACUGAAGGAACCGUAGGAGCCUGCUCUCAGGAGGACAAUGAUUCAGCAUGUGAUUGCAGCAGGGGUCUCUGCCCCCUUGCUCCUGAUUCCUAGAUGUGACUUCAUUUCUAAAACAGAGCCUGACCAACCUUCCAUGUAUCUCCAUCCUCCCCUGCUCCAGCCAGGGAGGACUGAGGGAGUGCCCUGAGACCCACACACAUGUUGGGGCUUCUGGGCCAAGAGUACUUUUUAUAUAACUAAUUUCUAAAUCCAAAAGCUCAAGGAAUAGACAGUGUUCUGUCAGUGAUGUGGAUGGGUUUGAAGGAGUGACCCACCAUCCCAGCACGAUAGUGUCACCUCCUAAGUUGGAUGGCAGCACGAUCUGGCCCUAGAGGGCUUCCCGUUCCCAGAAGUCAUUGUCCUGGGCUAUCCAGACAUCCCUAGUAAUCUUGCUUCCUUCUGCAAUGUUAGUAAUGCCUUAAGCUGACAGUUGCUAUUUUGCAGAACAGUUUUCCUCUUUGCUUAGCUGGUAACUUGCCUCUCUGAGCCUGGGCUGAUUUGAGAAACAGGUGUGAUGAGAGCAUGAACAGAGGUUCACCUGGGGCAGUUCCCUAAUAAAACUGGUUUGUAUAGUCA